AUGUCCUCUCGUGAAGAAUACUCGACGGAAGAGGAACACGAGAGACUGCGAAAGGCUCUCGCAUUGCUCGAGAGUAAACCUUUGCAUUUGUGGCGUUUGUUCAGGGAGGCGUCGCUGAAUGGCGGCGCGUGUCGCGAUAUCGUGGAGAAGCACGUGAUGUGUAAACUCAACGGGACGGAUCUCAAAUUCUUUUACGAGGUGAAUGGAGAAACGAGAAAGUUGAUUAAGAGAUCAACUCGCAAGGGAGAGUUGAAAGAGAGGUUUAAAGUGAGAGAGAUGUCGUCGGUAUCGACUUUGGAAGUUGCGUGGGAGAAUAGGGAUAAUAAAUCGUUGUGGUCGGGGUGGUGGGACAAAACAUGGUUCUGCUGGAAAGUUGCUAAAACGAAUAAACUCGAGUUGCUCAAGUGGGCGAGAGAAGAGAAAAAGUGUGAUUGGAAUGAAAGGACGAUUGAUGCGGCCGUACGUCAAGGUAAUCUGGAAAUGGUAAAGUAUUGCGUUGCAAAUGAGUGUCCUAUCAAUAUGAACGCGUGUGCAUAUGCUGCCCAAGGCGGUCAUCUCGAGGUACUCAAAUACUUACACGAAGAAGUCAAAGCGCCUUGGACUUCGGGUACUGCCUCUUUCGCGGCUGAAAGUGCUCAACUUCACAUACUCGAAUAUCUUUUUGAGCGUAAGUAUGAUAAAUAUAGCACAGGUGCGUGUGCGUAUGCGGCCAAGAACGGUCACUUAGACUGUUUGAAGUACUUACACGAAACAGCCAAAGCGCCUUGGGACGAGGACGCCGUACAAGGAGCGCACAAGAAAAACCACACCGAAUGUGUACAAUACCUCCUCGACAACAACUGUCCUCUCCCAAUCGAAUGGCGAUACGACAACGGAACGUUAUACGACGAGUUCUACCAACCGGUCGGAUUAGGAGAGCAAUAG